AUGGCGGCCUCUCGAGUACCGCAUUGCUUGAAAUGGACUUUUCAGACUUUUAGGAUUUUGUCCACCAUUUAUUCGCCAUUCAACAGAAUAAGGACUCCAUAUUUAAACAAAAGCAUUUUGAGGACAAUAAUUUCUGCGCAAAAACGACUGUAUUGUGCAAAUGCGGGAUCAGACGAUGCAGAAACAAAUGGCGUACAAAGCUUAUCUCCGAGGAACCUACUGGAAGUUUAUCAGAACGAUCCUUCGUUGCUCCAUGGACCUAGGGACGCUUUAAAACCUCUAACAGAGGAAUACGUCGAAAAAGAAUUACAGAAAUCUAGAGGGGUGCGUUUUAGACGCCCUGUAAAGAUUAACCCCGAUAAAGUUGGAUGGACUACUGGCUCCAAGAGAGUGGGAACUAUUGGUGUUAAGUUAGGCAUGUCAGCGCUUUGGCUUAAGGAUGGAAGGAGAAUGCCAGUAACUUUACUUCAGGUAUAACAUAUAAAAGCAUCUUAGUAACUAUUAUAUUGAUAAUUGAGGUCCUCGUCAAUCCCAGACUUGCCAACUCGCAAAAGGCAAGAAUUUUAAGAUUCUAGAGCUGGGAAAAGUAGUGAGUAGUGAAAUAAAUAGGGAGAUGUCCCAAAUUUUCUAGUGAAAGGACUUUCAGUAAGGAUAACGGGUAUUUCAAGUCUCGUACAAUGGAUAUAACAAACCUCUAUUAUAACAAAGUCCUCGGUAUAACAAAUGAUUUUCUUUACCCCAGCAAUAGUAAAAUAUGAGAAAAAGAAUCUUGAUAUAACCAAACUUUGUCAUAGCAAGCAAAUUUCACCAGUCCCUUGGCCCUUCGUUAUAGUGAGGUUCCACUGUAUAAGGUACAUGUCUACACAUACUUGUUGGCAGCCACCUUGAAAUGAGAGAGUAAGGUUUAUUUUAACUGUGAGUCUGCGUAUUUGGUGGCAAUGACAAGUACCUUCAAGUCAUGGGAGGAUGAAGAAUAUAAACAAUGCAUCAAGUUGCAGUGUUCAGUCUAGGCUGCGUUUUUGCAUCUUUGAUGCAGAAUAUUCCAUUCAGACACAAAAUGAAAUUAUCGUGGAGUCAUACUGAUGCAAAAAAAAGUUAUCUCGUGUAUUAGUUCUUCUAAAGCAGCAGCCAAUAACAAAAGUAAAUUUAAAAAUAGGUGUGCUUACUAGCCUAAAAUGAGGCUGCUUGCGAAAUGACUGCCAUUUCACACUAUGUGCUUACGAGUAGUUUUUGUGUUAGGCAUCAUUCCAGGCAAUUCCAGGAGAGACUAGAGCGUACAUUUCGACUUUCUGCACAUGUUACUUUGCCUAUUGAUUCACGCUUCAUUUGUGGACGUUGUUCUUUUGUUUUUGUUUCAUUAUGAAAAGACAACGAACGCUAAGUUCAUUUUUUACGCCAAAGAGAAUGGCAGUUGAACCUGAAAAGCAUGAAGAUAUAAGGAUGGUGGGGAAGCUGGAGAAGUUAGUUUGUUAGUUUAUUUCUUCCCCUCUCUGAUUCUCUUAAAAUAUCAGUAUCUAGG